AUGACCUGCUUGCUGGCUAUGAUGGGCGGCAUAAGUGAACUCAAAGCUAAAAAUGUUCAGCCCACUUAUGCCCCGUGCAGGCUGACCCCAUGUGGUUCAGAGGAGAUGGUGGCUUGGCUUGGCUUGGCUGCCUCUUCAGUUCUGUCACACCUGCUGGCGCUGAUUGAUGCCAGGUAUGCUGCGGUACAAUCCUCACACAAUCGCCUCCCUUACUUGUCCUCAUCCUAA